CGAAUUAGUAUAUUUUAGCGCAAACUUGAUUUUUUUUAAAACAUGUGCACAAAUAAAUCGUUAUUUUUAUUUAUAAAAUUUUGUUUAGUUAACAUUUUAAUUUGUGAAUGCACUCUAGUAAAAAGAGAGAAAAAAGAAAAGGAUACAUGCAGUAAAGAUUCUUGCAAGAGUAUAUCUUCAUUGAAAGGACCAUCUGUUGAUAGUGUUCAAGCUCUCAAUCUUAUUACUAUUAAUGUCAAAUACAAUGAUAUCAUUAAAUACUAUGAAGCAUAUUAUAAUGUUGUAACACAAAGAGUUUUUGAUGGUGAUGUUCUUGGUUAUGUGACUCCAUGGAACAGUCAUGGCUACGAUGUAGCAAAAAUUUUUCCAAAGUUCACUCACAUAUCUCCUGUUUGGUUGCAAAUCAGAACUUCUUCUCCUGGUAAAUAUUUUAUUACAGGGGCACAUGAUAUAGAUAAUAAUUGGAUUAAAGAUGUAAAAAGAUUAAGUGGAGGUCUUUCAAAAGUAUUACCAAGAAUGUUGUUUGAAGAGUGGUCUGUCUCAGAUCUUCAAGCUUUGUUUAGCAAAGAAGAAAAUCUUCAUUUGCUUGUUACAAAAAUUGUUGACUUUAUUGAGCUUCAUGACUUGGAUGGAAUUGUGCUGGAAAUAUGGAGCCAAUUUGCUCACUAUAAAAAUUUAGUCAUUGGUAUUAUAAAAGAACUCAGUGAGGCCAUGAUGAUGCGGCAACAAAAGCUAAUACUUGUCAUUCCCCCACCAAUGGCUGCUAUAGACACGCCUGGGAUGUUCACUAAAGAAGACUUUGACAUGAUUGCACCCAUGGUUGAUAGUUUUAGUAUGAUGACAUAUGACUACCCUAACUAUGGAAAGCCCGGUUCUGUUUCACCAUAUGACUGGAUUGAAAAAUGCGUGAAAACCUUAGUUCCAAUUAAAAACAGUUCACGCAAAAAGAUAUUAAUUGGUCUGAACUUUUAUGGAUACUUGUAUAAAGAAAAUAGUGGUGCCAUGCCUAUUGUUGGAAAUGCGUACAUAGAUAUAUUGAAAGCUGAAAAACCAAAGUUAAAAUGGAUAGAUGAAUCCAAAGAUCAUAAAAUUGAAUUCAGAGAAAAGUCAGGGAGAAAAUUGAAAACAACAGUGUUUUAUCCAACAUUGCAGUCGAUUUCAACACGCUUAGAUCUUGCAAGAGAGCUUGGUACUGGUGUUUCAAUAUGGGAAAUUGGCCAAGGACUUGAUUACUUUUAUGAUCUUUUAUAAAAUG